UAAACAGGUGUGAAGACUGACUUCUUGUGGCAAAAAACUGAAGCUAGACUUCUAGUCUGUGGAUUUUACUUUUUGGAUUUUACCUUUUAAUGCUUCACCAAAAUGAGAAGAAAGCCAUGAAAUCUGCAGAUGUCAAAUCCCGAGUGGGUCGUUCCCAGCACACGGUGGUCCUGCCUCUCAGAUUUUCUUUCCCACAGUAUUUGUGGAUACACCUGGUUCUCGUGCUAUGUUCAGGUUUUGCAGUUCCUGUCUCUGCAGAGACUAGUCAAGGAAAUUUAUAUUUUAUUGAAGUCACAGUGGAAUCAACAGCAUCAGAAACAAAUCAACAGGACAUUAUUGCCUGGCUUCAGCCAAUGCUCGAAAGCAAUCUACAAACAUGUGGGACUUCUGUCAAUACAACAACACCCACCAUCUCAACAAGUACUUUGGUUACAAGCACUGGUAUGAUGACCACAUCAGAACCAAACAUAACAAAUUAUACAACUACCAAUGAUACUAGUAGCACUGCUACUAGUGCAGUUACUACAGUGAGAACAUCUGAGAACACUGCUACAACUCCCGUUACUACAAGCGUUCCUGUCAGUAAUACUACAAGUGCAGUUACUACAAGCGUACCUGUCAGUAAUACUACAAGUGCAGUUACUACAAGUGUACCUGUCAGUAAUACUACAAGUGCAGUUACUACAAGCGUACCUGUCAGUAAUACUACAAGUGCAGUUACUGCAAGUGCACCUGCCAGUACUACUACAAGUGCAGUUACUACAAGUGCACCUGGCAGUACUACUACAAGUGCAAUUACUACAAGUGCACCUGUCAGUAUUACUACAAGUGCAGUUACUACAAAUGCACCUGCCAGUACUACUACUACAAGUACAAUUUCUACAAGUGCACCUGCCAGUUCUACUACAAGUAUAAUUACUACAGGUGCACCUGCCAGUACUACUCCUACUACAAGUUCAGCAACGCCAAAACCAGACACAACUACUGCUGGCACAUCAAUUACAGAUGUGAUAACCUCAAUGUCGGAUGUCACUACAGCAGUUACAGGUGUGUCAAAGGAGAAACCAUCAAAUAAUCCCAACUCAAACUCUGUGAAGUUCGUACGGCUGGCUCGAGCAACAACAGGAUUUUUGGAUUUUGAGCUAGACUGUGUUGACAAAACAUCUAUUGUAAAGACCACUUGUUUUGUGUCUUUGACACUGGAAGAGAAUGUUGACCCUUGUUGCAUCCUGAAGACUCUCUGUUCAGCCAAUAUAUCAUCCUCCAACUUCAGCAUGGUAUGGAAAUGCGCAGGAAGAGGAGGUCUUCUGCCAAAUCAAAAUGACACAUGCCGUAAUACUACAGAAGAUGUCUGCUUUUAUACAGAACCAACAAGUCAAACAUGUAAUGCAUAUGAGAGUCGUCCAAGUACAGACAACUUGGCAGAAGCUAAUAAACUACUGGAACAGACCAAAGAUGCCUCUAAGCUGACCUCCAGUGAAAUUGACAAACUAGUGUCAGCACUAGAAAAUCUUCUUUCAGGGCCAAAUGUCAGUGUGGCACUAGGAAACACCAGUGUAAAAAUCGUCAGCAAUCUUCAAAAUGCAACUCUGGAAGCAGUGUUCAACUCCAAAAACAGAAUCAUGAGAAUAGUUGAUACAGUUGGUCAGAAGUUGGUCCUCAGAAAUUCAACAGAGUCCCUCCUGAGUGAAGCUGUGGCCCUUUCUGUACAAAAGGCAAACGGGGCAAACUUUGAGGAAACAUAUUUCUCCAUCUCAAAUCCAAACAAUGUGCAGGUGGGGUCCAGUGGCACACGUGCUGUGAAACAGGACUCCUCCCUCCCUCAAGGCUCCGUCAGGCUGCCCCAGAACCUCACUGAAAACCUCUCAGCUGAGGAACGACAGAUGGUCUCCAGGGUCCAGUUCAACUUCUACCAAAAGAGCACACUAUUUCAGGACAAAAAUUUGGGGGAAAGAAUACUCAACAGUGGGAUAAUUGGAGCAAGUGUUUCCAAUGUGACAAUCUCUGGACUGCAGGACAAAGUUAUUGUUAGCCUAAGAAACAUACAGCCUAUUCCUGCCAAUUAUGCGGCUUCAUGUGUCUUUUGGGAUUUCACAUUUAAUGGUGGAUCAGGGGGUUGGAAUUCAAAAGGAUGUUCUGUCCUCAAUAGUACAGACACUGAAACCAUUUGUGGCUGCAACCAUUUAACAAGUUUCGGAAUACUUCUGGAUCCUACCAGGGGGGAGAUUACCAGUCGAGUUCAGGCCACGAUCCUUACUUUCAUUACAUACAUUGGCUGUGGCAUCUCUGCAAUAUUCCUGGCUGUUACCCUCCUCACUUACUUAGCAUUUGGAAAACUUCGUAAAGACAUUCCUUCUAAAAUCCUGAUCCAGCUGUGUUUGGCCUUACUCCUUCUAAACCUGGUGUUCCUGGUAGAUGCUUGGCUGGCUCUCUAUCCCGCUGCAGUGGGCCUCUGCAUCUCCACUGCUUGGUUCCUGCACUAUUUUUUGCUGGUGGCGUUCACGUGGAUGGGGCUGGAGGCUGUUCACAUGUACAUAGCCCUCGUAAAAGUGUUCAACAGCUAUAUAUCCCGCUACAUGCUCAAGUUCUCAUUGGCUGGAUGGGGAAUACCUAUGAUAGUGGUCAUCAUUGUAAUCGCAAUCAACAAAGACAAUUAUGGCCUUGUGUCUUAUGGGAAGUUUCCAGAUGGGUCUACGGAUGAAUUUUGUUGGAUAAAAAAUGAUAUAGCCUUCUAUGUGGCAGUAGUGGCCUAUUUCUGCGUCAUUUUUCUCUUCAACAUCAUCAUGUUCGUUGUGGUCUUGGUUCAGUUGUGUCGAAUAAAGAGGCAGAACCCACAGAACCUACAGCAUCGGACCACUCUCCAGGAUGUCCGGAGCGUGCUGGGAAUAACUAUACUCCUUGGCCUCACCUGGGGCUUUGCAUUCUUUGCAUGGGGACCACUCAACCUUCCCUUUAUGUAUCUCUUUGCGAUCUUCAACUCUUUACAAGGUUUUUUUAUAUUUAUAUUUCACUGUGCUAUAAAAGAAAAUGUGCGAAGACAGUGGAGAACCUAUCUAUGCUGUGGAAGAAUGAGACUAGCUGAAAAUUCAGAAUGGAGCCGUACCGCGACACAGAAAAAAGGAAAUAACUUAACCAAGAGAGUUACAUCUCAUUCAUCCAAAUCCAACAACUCCAGUUCUUCUUCAUACCUCGUCAGUGACAGCUUUGACCACAUGAAUGGCUAUGGGAAUCCACAUGCUGAUCAUAUAAUUACAGCAGAUGAAGACCCGAAUAUGGACGUGGUACUCAAUGAGAUCAACAGUCAGUACCGACGCCUAUAGCCACAGUACUAUGUGCAGAUUGGAAGUAAAAGUAGUAUUAUUUUUAUUCUAUUUUUGAACAAAUUAUAAACACCGAAAUCACUUUAUGAACAUGCACUUCUUUGCUAUGAGAAAAAUUAUAUUUGUACAAAUUGUAUCAAUGCAAUGUAUUUCAUUUAGAAAUUAUUUUUAUAUUAUUGUUACUGUAAAGUAAAAAUUAAGGUCCAAAGCUUAUAUGGAAAGGAAAAAUAAUAAACAUACAUAAUCAUCCACAAGAUAAAUGCAACUGGUUCAUAAUUGAAUACCCACUCAUGGAGUCUCAACUGAGGAAAAUUUAUUUCAAAUAUUGGCUGAUUUUAUUUUCUUUUUACUUCUAGACAUGUAUGCUCUGAAAAGCACCGGGUGCAA